AGAUUUAAUUGAAGAAAUACAAUGCAACAAGUUACAAUAAAAGAUAUCUACUCCAUAUUAACUAAACAAUCUAAAUCAUUAAAAAGCUCUUUUUGAGACAAGGAACAAAAUGCACUUUAAUUCAUAUUCAUCAUAAGGUUAAAACCAAAUGAAUUAAAUAUCGAUUAGAGGGUAGUACUGAUGUUUGCGGAACUUAUUUAAAUAUUUAAAUGCAAGGAGAUAAUAAACGAUUAUAUAGAGAUGCAUGUUUUUUAUUCGUUUUUUAUAGAUUGAGGAGACUCGAUAAUAUUUCGGCUUCUCCCGAUUUGCGGUAGUCAAACUAAUCUAUGUAGGGUGUUAUCACAAACAGAGAUAACGUUGCCGGAGUUCCUAUCAGGUAGCCAUAUUUUUGAUUCAAUAUAUAGGUGAUCGAUAUAUUGCCACAUAGUUCACAGUAAAACGGGUAUCACGAGACGAACGAGAAUAAAUUCUGCUCUCUGCUAAUCAUCAUCACCAUAAUUAAAUUUCACAUUCGAGUGCCAAAUGUGUUGUUUUUCCCAACACACAUUCACCGGACGAACGCAUUAGGAAGAAAGUGAGAACUUUAGAACUUCACUAUCGAGAAAUCAUUUUUUUAAUGUCUUCCGUGUUUAGUGGCAUUUGCGUUCGAUAAAAUCGAGAGCGAUAUAUUUUUGAAAAAAUAUUGUAAAUAUAUUGGCUUUUCGAAAGAAUUGCAACAUAUGUGAUUGAAUUCGCGUCGCGUUGCAUUCGUCUCCUCUUCCUCGCAUUCCGUCUCAUCGGGAUACGAAGUUUGCGUCGUGCAAAAUUGUCGUUUCUGGUGGAUACGCGAUGCUUCAUCGACGCGAAAUACACGACGAACUUUUGAGAAACUUGAAAUUACGCUGCUCCCUCGUAUCCGAAAAAAAAGAUACGCACUGAGAUAAUACGAUAAAUUAUUCUUCUGAUGCGUCCGCCUUUUUUAAUCUCCGGGGGAUAUUUUUCAACUUUUUUCUACCGGACACGAUAGUCGACACAUUCGGAACGGUAAGAAGAAGAAGAAGGUGAGAAAAAUGGCAGCCGGAUACGACGAUUGUUACGACGCUUCCUGGCAUCUGAUACCGCCGGAUUACAACGUCAGCAACGAGGAGGAAUACAGGCUGCUAGAAAGUAUGAAAAUGCCGGCUAGGACAUCCGGUUUCGCCAUUAGCGACAUUUUGGAGCUAAACGAUGCCAAGCCGUCGCAAGAAGAAACAGACGUGCAAGGUGCCACGACGGUUCUACCAACGGCCAGCGACGUGCCGUUAGCUUACCAACAAUUUCUGGAGCACACGACCGCCAUGCUACAACCAGCUAUGCACGCUAAUCUGAACAGGGGUACGUUGCCACCACCCCCGCCUGGAUUAUUAGGUUGGCCAGCUGGACCAGCACUACCGGCAACGUUAUCUCAACCCUUGGUGGAAGAGAUGAAUGUUCUCCAACAACCAGACUCGACGAGCCCGGCGAUCUCGGACAUGUCGUUCCCGUCGCAGCAGGAGAACAGCCACGAGUCGUCUAAGGACGAGGAGUCGCAGGACUUCGAGGACGAGCAGCACACCGGGAACGAGACGGCCCAGCCCCACGAGACCGAGCACAAGAAGCGGAAGCGACGCGUUCUGUUCUCCAAGGCGCAGACCUACGAGCUCGAGCGACGUUUCCGUCAGCAGCGUUACCUGAGCGCGCCCGAGCGCGAACACCUGGCCUCCAUCAUUCGUCUAACGCCCACCCAGGUGAAAAUCUGGUUCCAGAAUCACAGGUACAAGACGAAGAGAGCGGCGAGCGAACGCGUCGAAGCCGGCGGUAGCGGAUGCUCGCCCAGGCGAGUCGCCGUCCCGGUUCUGGUGAGAGACGGUAAACCCUGUCAGUCCAAGCUGAUGGAGCCAGCGACGUAUCCCGGAAGCGGCCAGGUGCCCAUGGCGCCGUACAUGCAGAAGUAUUGGUGGUAGAGAAGAACCCGGAAAUGAUCCGCCGUGAAUGAUCAUCGCGCGAAUCGACGAGAAUGAAAGACGCUGCUGUGAUAAGAAGACGUGACUAGAAUCGACGAACGGAUAUGUGAGAAAAAUGACCGAUGAUGGAAAAAAUUGAAAGGGUAUCGAGCGCAAGAGUCGCGUGAACAUUCAUGAUGACACACAUGAUUAUUAUGUGUUUUUAUUUAUUAUAGAUUGUAGAUCGACUGUGGAUUUUUUGGUCGAAAAACUUAUUCGAAAAGAAGGAGUUGAACCAACAAAGGGACAUGAAGAAGUAUGAAUUGAGAAUAGACACUAAUUGAAAAUAGAAAGAUUGAUAAAGGAAGGAUUUUUCAUUCUUUUAACUCUAUCAUUUUUUGAUUUCUAGUGAAUAAUUUAUGCAUAUCUCCUGAAAUUUCCCUGAUGCAAUUCGGAUGAGGAAUUAAAAAGAGGCACAUAACAAAGACGAGAUAAAAAAUUAAGUCUACUUGCAAAAUUGUAAAAAGCGUGACCAGAUGACAACUAAAUAAAUUUAACUGUCUCGCGUGUACUUCCGGACUAUCGAAGACUUCGGGAAGUACUUAUAAUACUUGGAAUGAGAUGCAUUUUCUAACAUUUUAAGAAACACGUAUGUUUAAUGAUUUGUUAGGAAAAUGAAGAGAUUUAAAACGAUCAAUCUUUUUAAAAGGAAUAUUGUCUGAGACUUGAUGCGGAAAAUUGCUGUUUUACGAUAGCAAUAAAUAUUCGUUUAAGUCGACGUCCAUUUUCGCUGUGUGCGAUGAAAAAGGUGUACGGAAACUUUAGCAAAUGAGACGGGUAAUCUCGAACGAAAAUUAACAAACAUUCAAAAAUAUAGACAAUGAGACAUGAAGAUGAAUUGAUUAAUGAUGUGCGAUAUUCUGAAAAAACGUCGCAAUCGAAUCUUAAUAUUCCUUAAUAUUCCAAAAGACAAGCAAAUAUUGCGAUAUAUGCUUCAUAAAAUUAUUUACAUAGAACACACUAUUGCGUAUAAAUGAAUAUUUGCCUAGAAAACGAAAUGUCGAUAUCGACAUUUGAGGAAUGAUGAAAUCUGGAUGUUCAGAAAGCAAGUAAGUGCGAAAGAUCACUAAUUAAGCGGAAAAGGUAGUUUUACGAAAACUAGAUAAUUGAAAAAAUUAUUCGCUCGCGAUUCUUCAGUUUCUUGAAUAAAACUAAACUGAAGACCAGUGUGCUGCAAUUGAAAGUUCUUGCCGUUGGUGUUGAUAUUCAUAAAAAAUUGGACAAUGCGAAUAUCGUCGGAAACCAAAGAUCGCUUUUGCGUACGAGCUGAUUUCGCGUAUGAACUAGAGUUUGACGUGAAUAAGUAAAUUAAUUAUAUAGAUAUAAAAGAAAACGUAUAUAUAGAAAAAGAAAUUUCUCAUUAAACGAUAUCGAUGUCGCGUUCUUACGAGAUAAGGUAUUUGUACAAACUUGUUACACACAGUAUCCCGGUGACGUAGAGUUCAAAUUUAGUCCUUAGAGCGUGUGUCGUAGAAAAAAAUAUCGUAAAUGCAAAGAGUUUCGAUUUAAUCCCGAAAAAUGCACGAUAUCGUCUGACUAUCACAUAAUUAAAUUCACGCACAUUUUUAACAUCUUUUUCGAACCUUUUCGAUAAAAUAGAUCAUCACACGAGAAUAAAUUACUGCCAAUGAUUCGAAAUCGAAUUCGUCAUUCAAUUGUGUAUGUAUGUGUAUGUGUGUGUGGAGAAAAGAGACAUACGGAAUUUCAAAGAAUCAAUAAUUUGCAAAAUAGAGCGAUGUCAAAAAAAUAUUAAAUCUCGAGAUUAAAAAAUUAGCGCGUAAAAAUUCCGAAAAAUUAAUUUAUAAUUUCAAAAUUCAGACAAAUAAAGACAUAAUGUUCAGAAACCUUUCUUCCAAAAAAAAUAGAUAAAACUACAAUCUCGAAAUCAAGUGAGUGAGUUAAUUCUCAAUAUAAAUUAAUUCACAGCUAAUACACAAUUCCGCACGUAUUUUUCUCGUGUUCUUGGAAGAUUCACGAUAUAUGGUGUGUUUAAUAGAUUCUCAAAGUAGAAUUCUAUAUCUCGCAAGAUAUAUUAUUAAUAUACAUGUAGCUAACGCGAUUGUGGUUCUAUAUUUCUCGAUUGUCUGGUACGACAUUUUCAUAUUUCUCGCGAAAGAGGAAACAAGUGACAAGUUUGAAGGAUAUACAUUUAACGAAUACGAAUGUCAUCUUCAUAGAGUAAAGUUGAAUAUCUUGAUCAGAAUUAAUUAUGGUUUUCUUAACGAUUACCUUCUAUAUGUACGUAUUUGGGAUGAAUUAAUUAGACAGGAUGAGAGAAAAACUUGCUACGAGAACGAAAUAAUUUCGUUGAUAUUAACACAAACUUUGUAAAUUGUUAUCGUAAACUUAAAUUCUUUAUCUACGAAAUAGUACAUCGAUAACACUUGACAGUACGUGGACAGUACUAUGCUGGUAAUGUUGCAUAUAAUUAUUAUGAUGUUCGAUGUCAUAAUAAAUCGGAGAACAGAAUGCGAGAUUAUAAUACUGUGAGCAAUCGCAAGAUAUAAAUUGCACAGUGUUUCGUCUUUAAUUAAUUAUAUAUAAGCUGUAUAUAUGUACAUUGUGUAUGAUACGUAUAGUGAAUUAAUAUAUCAAAAGCGUAUUUAAUAAAUCUGGAUCUUAAGAAAAGCAAA